CAGGGGUCACGGACACCAUUUUCAUGUUCAGUGUGUCUUAACCACUUGUAAUUCAAUGUUUGGGAGUGUUUAUAAUGUCUUUCGUCCAAAAGAGGCGCAUUUCAAUUUUCUCCCAUUGACUUAUAAUGGGGAGGUCGCAAAAUUGACCUGACCUUAGGUCAUCGAUAUCAAAAUUCUGAGAUAAACAUUUUGUACAUGCUAUUGCUCUUAGCAAUCGCUGAAGGUUUCAAAGCGAUCGGUAACUCGGUGUAGCUAUGACAGACAUUGAAACUUUUUUAUGAGGUGAGGUCACUUCAAGUGACCUGGUGACCUGACCUUAAAUGACCUUGGUCUGAAAUUUUCACAACAUGUGUAGAAUUGAUGUAUGAUAAGGUGUACCAAAAACGGCGGCGCUCCGCGUCGUCGUUUUUGAGAUAUUCGCGAAAAACCACAAGGGGGUGUUCGAACACCCCCCAGCAGGGCGCGGGUUAACGUUAAACUAUUACCUUAAGUUUGGCAAAUAUGGUAGCUGUGUUCAGUACAGUGACCGCGGCACGGGGAGAGGGCUGAGGUAACGGGGGUGUCUUGCAGAGUGGAGGAGUUGAGGUGUAGACCGGCCAACUGGGAUCGGCAGGGUGUGACUGACGGCGAGCCACCCGACUCCUGAGAAACUUGGUCAGCUCAACCCACCAACACCCAUUCGUAGUGCAAUGACGACAUUGCACGUGGAGACGUGCUAGUCGCAAGAGCUCAACCCACCAACGCCUUAAAUGUAACUGUUUUAAUAGUUUGAUUCGUGGAGCCUGGAGGUUCAUGUACUCUCGAUACAAUACCGGUACUCUAAAUAUAAUACGAUACAAUACUUGUCCAUUUAUAACUACAAUAGUCGCAAGAGACUUGCACAACAUGCGUUCUUAUUUCUUGGGAUGGUUUUAAUGUCAUCCCAUUGUUUUAUUUAUUGUUGUUUAGUUUUAGCGCAUGAUUUUGAAAAAUGACUGUCUUGAAACUCAGUGACAGAAAAACCACAAUGAUUUCAAUGUUAAUGAGGAACUAGGUCUGCACAUAUAACUAUAAGCCAGCAUGAAUUUGUUGGUCAAUCAAUACAGUUACGGUCGUCACUAUAACCUAUACCUAUAACUCAAUCGAAGUAUUUACUGAUGUAGUGAGAAAGUACAACAAGUCACUUUGUUUAUACAUGAUGAUAAGUACCAAAUAUCCUCACACAGCGUUAGCUGAGCAACGCUGACUCAGCAAAAGUGCAACAAGGAUUUUUAGGUCUGUUGCAGAAGGCGAGACACAAACGACAGAAAAAUGCGCAGCAUUUCCGACAAUACUCAACGGAACGUGAAACGGAAAAGGGCGUCCAAGGGUGCGAACUGGCAGUGUAUAAAGACCAUGCUACCCAAUCAUUCUUAUUAUCAAUUGACAUAUUGAACCGUAUAUGUGUGCUGCAUUGGUCACUACAUGCACUGCACAAUGCACGCGUAUUUGAAUACAGUAGGCAGCCGUUCAUUUUAUACAGUGGUUGUUGCUUGCAACUUAUGUUCAUACAACAUUAUAUGCAUGUUUAGAAAAAGUUAACCUACUUUACGAGCAAGCGGAGCAGCGCUUAUGUGUUAUUACCAGCGCUAUUUCACAUUUUAUCUGGCUUGUGGGCAUUACACAAAAUAGAAGCAGGAGGACUCGCGAAAUUCGAUAUCAAAUUAACUGCGAGUGAACUGACAGCCACCCCUGCCACUCGAGUUCAGAUGAGUUCAUCGGAUGGGUAAGCUGAUUCAUGCCGCUCGCGAUUGGUAUGUAUGGCAUGGAAUGACGUACUCGCCAUCACCGCGAACUUUUGCCGGGUUCCGAUCGAAUGCUCUAUGAUAAGAACAACGAGUGAUGGAACCGGUCUCUCGUCAUUAGCUCAUCCGAGGAAUUUUGUGGCCAAAUUAAGCAAUAGAAACAUGUAAUUUGCAAUGAAUGUUGACGGCCAUAAAGCCUCUCUAUGAGUAUGCUUGUCUAAGUGCCUGCUACAUCGUGUGCAAACAGGAUAAAAUCGCUUUGUUGCCUACCAUUACAACAAACCACUUCCACAACUAUACAGUAUGCAGUGAUUUGUUCAGUGAUUUUUAUAUUGCAUGUAUAUAGUCAUCAUGUCCUUAGAUAGGGCAACAUGCAAAUGUCUCUUUCACGGGCCAACCAGACCGGCCCUAUCGAAUAAGUAAAUUGUCUAAUCCCUACAUAUUUUUUAGUUAUAGGCAUGGCCAAUAGAUGGCACUUGAAACCAGCGCCUGAAUGUAUACUGUUCCGCAUGACUUGCUGCGAAGGACUGUCUCUCCAAACACGGGAAACAAACGGUUAGCGACGCCAAUUCGCUAUUUUUUUAAAUGGAAAGGUGUUACUCAAGCUGUGAAAUUCGGUGACUGUAAAUCAGCGCCGGAACUGGAGUUACGUGCUUUUGCGCGUUUUUCUUUUCUAGGUAGGCAUCGAUGCAAUAUGACAAUGCAGUCCGCUGCACUUGUUUUCCCGUACUCUUAUAUUGCGUGGAACUGGGAAAAAGCAAUAGGAAAGUCAUUGAUGUUCAUAUACAUGAUAGGGAAAGGUGACAAAAGGCAUGGGAAACGCGGGAGUGAACGAUUAAGCGGAUUAUAUUUGAACUGAUCAUCUAUGUUUAGUUAAAUAUGUAAUGUGCUUUUUCAGCUCACAUUAGUUAAGAGCUCAAACGGUUGAGCUUUAGGAGACUUGUGGUACAGGACAAUUUGCAUAUCAUGAUAAUUACCUCAGCUGCAAAUGGCGACAGUGCCGUCCGGCUAGCUUCAUAGUAGCGUAGUAGAGAACAGAGCGUGAUUUUAGGCGGUAGAAAACCAUCUAUGCACUAGCAUAGAGCACAAAUCAUGUUCCCGGGUGAUACACUAAUUGCUGUGACUAUACCACACUAUCAUAGCAUGUAUGUAAUCGUCUUCUGACUCUAUCACUAAACUUCGUGCUAAUCAUCUCCGGGGCCCAGUAUGUCCCAUGUGUGUGAUGGCAGUGUUAUUGCCCAUGAUGAGUUAAAGUCUCCUUAGUCUUGCUGGGUGCCUGCUCUCUGCCGUCCGCUCGAUCUCCGCUGCUGUUCCUUCCGUACGUUGGCGCGCCGAAGUUACCAGCCGCCGGUAAUUACCAGCGGUGACAGCUCGGCUCGGAGCCGUACCCCUGAUGACGUCACGGUCACGGUCGGGGGGCCCGCCCAGCCCGCCUGGCCGUCCGGACGGGAGCGCUGCUGGCGGGCCGGUCUCCCCCGGCGGUCAGUCGAGCCCCAGCGUCUGCCUCGAACGGGUGGAAUCGGAGAGAGCUCUGCGCAGUCAGUCGGAGCCGGACCGCAGCAGGAGCGACCUCGGAGCAUCCCGAUAGGUGAACGGACGGAACGACCCGAGCGCAGGAUCCGACAGAAUGAUCAAGGUUGUGCUGAUAGCUCUGGUGGCGGCGGCCGCGGACGCGCUGCCGUUCGGGUUCACAGAGGGAGUGGCUCAGUUCAGGGCCCACCCUGGCUCAGUCCGCUCUGGUUACGGUCCUCCCAGUGCGCCGUCUGGCCCCCACGGCGGUAACAGUGCAGAGGUGGAGCGCUGGCUGCGGCUGCUCGGCCCCCUCAGCACGGCGCCCUCCAACUACGUCCAGGACCGCGAGGGACCCUCCAUCUACGACGACUUCUACCCCAGCGUCAGCCCGCAGGCGGCCGCCUCGUCUCGCACCCUGUGGUUCGAGGAGUUCCCGCACCGGCGGGCGGUUCUCAACUGGCAGGAGAAGCGCAUCCAGCAGGGCCUGCCCGUCUACAAACUGCUCUCGCAGCGGCCCGGCUUCCCGUUCUAUCAGGGCAACUGAGCGAGCUAGCGACCCAACGGCGACACACAGUGACCUAAGUGCUGUGAGAGCCUGACGGCCGGCGCAGAACUGAGGAAAAGUGAAAAUCGCGAUCUCCCAACUGCGAGAACGGCACCCAUUACGAACAUUCACGUCUUCCAGGGACGCAAGGUGUUUUUAUGGGCGGGCUUCGUGUCGCUCAGUCUUCCCUGCAGGAUUUCAGAGAGGAGGGCUAAAACGGAAGCAGCGGGUGCCAUACGUUCGCAGAAGGGAGUGAUGGGCGCGUCGGAAAUUCGUUGGUGCGCGUCAGAGGGCGAUCGAAGUUGGUCGAGGAGUCGCGUAGUGUGUUUGUGAAGGGAUAAGGCGCCGGCGUCCCGGUGUGAGCUUUAAGUCGGAUGAAUGUAGAGCGAGCCGGUGACGACGAAUGACGAUGUUGAUGUUGAAGGUUGCGCCGGAGUCGACUGGCGUAGAGCCAGGCUCGUUGACAAUACAGUGGUGAAUUUUGUA